AUGGCGACCAAGAUCGACGCUCACGCCCUCCUGACCUCCCAGGGUUGGCGCGGGAAAGGGCACUCGUUACAUCCGACAAACGACGACACGGGCCUAAAACACCAUAUCUUGAUCAGGCGCGAGGGCAGCGAUGGGCGGGGCAUCGGGGCCAAGAAAGACCACAAGCAGGAGGCCUGGUGGAUGAACGCCUUCGACCAGGCGCUCAAGGGCAUCGACACGAGCUCCGGGAGCAUGAAGCGCACGGCCGGCAGCGGGAAGCUGGACAUUGAGAAGAUCACGGCCAAGGGCGCAAAGAAAUACACGGGUGCCAGCGGCUUGUACACGUCUUUCGUGCGCGGCGGGCUGCUGAAAGGGACGGUGGAGAUGGGCGCCGGCGGGUUGCCAACGCCGCCGGACAGCGGAGCCGGGACGCCUACUGCCGAGUUGCGGGAGGAGCGGAAAGAGACGAAAGAGGAGAGGAGGGCGAGGCGGGAUGCCAAGCAGCUGAAGAAGGCCGAGGACGUUGCGAAGGAAGCAGCCAAACAAAAGGCCGCGCUGAAGGCCCAGAAGAAGGCCCAGAAGAAGGCCCAGAAGAAGGCUGACAAGGCGGCUUUGAAGGCUGGCGAGACGAAGCAGCAACGCAGAGCGAGAAGAGACGCAAGAAGGGCACGAAAGGAAGAGAAGAGGCGACGGAAGCGGUCAGAGGGUUGA